UAUUUAAUUUCAUUUUAUUUUUAAUGUUUAAUUUUAACGUACCUUACCUUUUUGUGGUAAUUAAACUAUUCUUUCUUCAGUAGUUAUGAACAUAUAUUCGAUAUGCUUAUGAUUUAGAUCGUAAAUAUGAAUUUUUUUUCAUAGUUCCCAAAUGUGAUUUAACGGUAAGCAUCAUAUAUUCAGUGGUACCUUACUAAUAAUAUUUUUUAGCACUCUCAUUGGCUCAAACGCGAAACUAAAACUGUUAUGCUUAUUUUGCAGCCUAUAUUUUGCUACGCUAUAUGUUAUAAUAACCAGAACAAUAAUUGUAGAUUAUUUAUUUAAAUUGACUAAAAACUUUAUGAACGUAAUCUUAUAUUUUACCUCAUCUUUAGAAAACUAUCAAAAGCGCUAAGUGAAUCAUGCUUCCUAAGUCAAUUCUUUUAUUUGCCAUUUUGCUAUCUCCAGUAUCAGCCAUCCUAUUCUUCAAACCAAAAACAAGUUAUCAGCAACCAUCUAAUCUUGUUCGUGCUUAUUCUAAUCCUGAGAACAUUGAAACAGUAGAAACAUAUGACGAUGUUAAGGUUUCACAUUUGAAGAAAUAUGGUAUGAUUAGGAUUCUUGAUGAUAAUUCAAUAAUCGUUUCUGAAACUCUUGGCCAACGUAUGUUACAACAAGAUUAUAAAGGUUCAUUUGAUCCUCAAAGGCAAUACGAUGAAGGAAAUGAUGAUAAAAAGGUUGAUUAUGUUCAAAUAAGAUUUAAACAUAUGAAAACCUCUCGAAAGGAUAACAUCUGGGCCAAUUUAGGAGGAUGUCGUGAAAACUUAUCUAGUCAACCUGCAAACUAUAAACAAGGUUGGUCAAUAGAUUCAAGUUUAGGUAUAACUACGUCAUUCAAAUUUCCUUUACUCUUUGGUGUCAAACUCACUUUCGGAUCAGAUGUCACUAUUGGUCAAUCAAUUAGCGGUGAAUUAUCUUGUGAUGUUGGACCCCAUGAAAAUCUUAUGUUUCAAAUUAUGGCUCAGGAUAUUGUUAUUGAGGGUGUUCAAAUCAGAAAAUUAAAACUUGGAUUUACUGAACUAAGAUUACAUGCUCAAGGAUGGAAAGAAGUUCCAAAAUUUACUAUGGUUAAUAAAAAUAGUGUUCAAGUGGCUUGUAGAGCAGGUAAAAAUUUGGUAUGUCCUAAAGCAAUCCAACAAAUUGAUGAUGCAAAUGCUAACAUUCAUGUUUCUGAGGGUCCCCAGACAUUAGAUCAAACUACUGUAAAUGAUAAUACUUUUGUUCAAGUGAUUGAACCCACUUUUACUGGAUAUUUCAAUACUACCACUUUGACAACUUUAUAUAUGUAAUAGUUCCUUUUAUCCUUAUAGUUAAUGUAUAUUUUUUUUAUCAGAUCCACGGAAAAACUAAAG